AUGUCAAUAAGGCAUAACCUAAAGCUAUAUCGAUUUUAACGACUACUGACAUAAGGCAUCGUUUCCCUUGAAACGUCUAAAAUUACAUCAUUUUCAAAAAGGUAACGAUCGUUUUGAGUUUUGAUUGUGAUUGUGACCACCUUAAAAAGUUUAAUAAAAGCUGAGUAUUGUCAAUUUUUUUGGACUAAUAUUAUAAAAAUAUACACAAUGUCUGCUUUUAAUGUUGAUUCAAUCGCGGCAAGUUUGGAAAAUGCUCGUGUUAGUGAUAGUGGUGUUAGUUUUGCUGGAAAAUCUCUAAAGUUAAACACUGAGGAAGAUGCUAAACAAGUUACCAAAGAAAUCGAUGGUUGUUCAAACCUGCAAUUUCUUAAUAUGGAGGGCAAUACACUUGGGGUGGAUGCUUCUAAAGAAAUUGCCAAAUCUUUAGAGAAGCACCCUGAGUUCAGACGGGCGUUAUGGAAGGAUAUGUUUACUGGCAGGAUGAAGACUGAAAUUCCAAAAGCACUGCAAUACUUAGGAGAUGGUUUGGUAAAAGCUGGAGCUCGUCUUACAGAACUUGACCUCAGCGACAAUGCUUUUGGACCAAUCGGAGUGGAAGGUUUGGCAUCACUAAUUAGAAGUUCGUCCUGCUUUGCUCUUGAAGAAUUGCGUCUCAACAAUAAUGGAUUAGGAAUAACAGGUGGAAAAUUAUUAGCUUCUGCCCUGACUGAUUGUUACCAAUUUAGUAAAAAGAAUGGAAAGCCUUUGGCACUUAAAGUUUUUAUUGCUGGCAGAAAUCGUCUUGAAAACGAUGGAGCUAAGGCCCUUGCUGCAGUGUUCAAGCUAAUAGGGACGUUAGAAGAAAUAGCUAUGCCUCAAAAUGGAAUCUACCAUCAAGGUAUAUCAGCCCUUUCUGAAGCCUUCUCAGUAAACGAAAAUCUCCAAAUUCUCAACCUAAACGACAAUACCAUUGGCCCAAAAGGUGCAGAAGCAAUUGCAGCAGCCCUCGCAAACAACCAAAAACUAAGAGAGCUCAACUUUGGCGAUUGUUUAUUAAAAACAAAAGGUGCUAUGCUUUUGAGUGAUGCAUUGAAAGAUUCUCAUAUGAGUUUGGAAGAGGUGAAUUUAGGAUUUAACGAAAUAAAGAAACAAGGAGGUUUGGAAAUUGUAGAUGCAAUGGCUAAUAAGAGUAAAUUAAAGACUCUGAUAAUUGACGGUAAUCAAUUUGGUGAAAAAGGAAAAGAACUGAUUCAAAAUAAAUUAAAAGAAAUUGGAAAAUUCAAUGUCCUGGGCAGUCUAGAAGACAAUGAAUCGGAGGAUGAAAGUGAAGAUGAAGAUGUAGAUGAAGAGGAGGAGGAAGAGGAAGAAUGUAGCGAAGAAGGAGAAACUGAAAAUGACGAAGAAAAAUCACAUAUAAAUGAAGAUGUAAUAGCUGUUCCAUCUCCUUUAAAACAAAACUUCACUAUUAGAGAGUUUAUUGAGACACCUAGUGCUAGUAAUUUUCUUUCUUUAGGAUCCAACAGGAUAGAUACUAUUGUUAAGGAGGCAAAGAAAAACGAGGAUAUAUCCAUUGAUGAAUAUAUAAGGAUAAUGAUGAAAGUAUCUGCACUAAGUGACAAUACAAAAUCAGAAGUAGCAGACAGUUCAACAGAAUGCUCUGAAAGAUUGUAUAAAGAGUUAUUCAGCUGGGCGGAAAAAUCUGACAAACUUUCUAUUGUCAACAAUUCAAUUCUAGUCAGCCUUGGAUUGAUUAAGAGCGAAGACAAAAAGUUCAAACCUACUUGGAAUAUAGAGGGUUGUUUGAAGGUUCUCAAACACAUUUCGAAUAAGAAUUUUAUGCCUGAAAGUACAAAGAAUACUCUGAGUGUAUUCAUGAAGAGGGAUAUCGACUGUGGUACUGAACCUUUAACAACCAAAAAAGAGCUUCUCGCGAGUUUAUCCUAAGUAUUUAUUUUAAUACAUUUGUAUAUAAUGAAAAA